UUUACUUCACGCUAUGCAAUCCCCGCGGAAGUCGUUUAGCGUCGAUUUUGAGUAAUUACGCAGAUUUAUUUAUUUCAACUUCAAGGUUUUACGAAUAUUGAAAUAUUUUAAAAACCUGUAUAGAGGAAAUUAAGAUGACCUAUUUCAGUAUUUAAAGGGUGGAAUUUGACUCAAAACACUUGGCCAAUGGCCAUCAACCAGACGGGUUAUUUGGUUAUUUAACCACUGUUGGUUUCAAACGGGUACCGUACUUCCGCAAAGUAUUGACGCGCGUUCGCGAGUUCACUUUCAUUGGUCUUGUCGCUUUAAAUUACUGCAUUGUAAUGGAUAAUGACAGAAUGAAGGUUUCCUAAUACGGUAAUAAGAAACUGACUCAUUGCUUGUACUGUAAUAUGUAUUAAAACCACGAGAGAAAAUACCGUAUGUUAUGUGAAACCAGAAACUGAAAGCAGGAAAGUAUGCCUCUUACUGCAGCACCGGUACUGUGUUUGCAGAUUCAACAUUAUUCCGUUAUUAAAUUCUAUAGAGUUCUAUAAUAUUUGUGUGAAGAGAGAUAGAUUUAAAAAUGAAGUUAGAUCUUCAAGGAAUUGUUCCUGCAGCAUUUACUCCAAUGCAUCAAAAUGGGAACCUCAAUUUGGAUGUCAUAGACCAAUAUGUAGAUCUUCUGGAAAAGGAGAACAUUUCUAAUGUUUUCAUCUUAGGAACUGCUGGAGAAGGUUGUAGUUUAUCAGUUGAAGAAAGAAAAAAAGUUGCAGAAAAAUGGAUGAAAUCUGCCAAAAAUAGAAUAAAAAAUGUGAUCGUUCAUGUAGGAUCUCAAAGUUUAGUUGACACAAAAACGUUGUCUGAACAUGCAGAAUCAAUAGGAGCAUCUGGUAUUGCCACUGUAUCAAGCUUUUACUUCAAGCCAAAAAGCGUAAAACAUCUUUCUCUGUAUCUGGCAGAAGUUGCCAAAGCUGCUCCGAAUACUCCAACUUUAUAUUACCAUAUGCCUAACUUCACUGGAGUGAAUUUCAAAGUGAAAGAGAUUUUUGAUGAAAUAGAGAAAAUUGGAGUGCCAAAUUUUGCUGGAGUAAAAUACACUGGACCGGAUUUGUGUGAUUUUGGCAGAUGUAUUGAUUGCUAUGGACAUAAAUAUUCAAUAUGCUACGGUGUGGAUGAGCAACUGAGUGCAGGAUUAUUAAUGGGAGCUCAAUCUGGUGUUGGAAGUACAUACAACUAUGCAUUGAAGUUAUAUCAGAAUUUAUAUCAUGCUUGCAAACAGGAAGAUUUAAAAUUGGUUCGAGAAUUGCAAUUCAAGGCACAGAAAUUCAUUUCCUAUCUUUUAUCAGAAGGUUUGGAUAUCGGAAUGGGAAAGGCAUUGAUGAUCCCAUCAACUGGCAUAGAUGUAGGACCUCCAAGGUUGCCAAUGCUUCCUACACCGAAGAAAGAAAUGGAUAAAUUGGUUGGAGAGUUGACUAAGAUGGGAUUUUUUGAAUGGCUCAAGUAGACUUUUUGAUUACAAUGGAUUCCAGUUUAUAAAUAUCUUGAUAUUUUAUUCACAUUCAUACAUGACAUUCCUCAAAACAAUUUUUCUAUAUAUAUAUAAUAGUACAUCAUAGUAAUAUUAUGUGAUUAUUAGUAUAUUGUUUAUAGUGCAUAUCAUUUCAUCAGCAUUUAUGGGUAAAAUUGAGUUGGCAUGAAUUACCUACCUGUUACCUGUUUUCAAUCAGGGUUUAACUGCAAUUUUCUAGUCAGUUGUUCUCGACCUUGAAAAUAUUCUGUAUCAUUUACUUACCGUAAUCCUUUUUUACAUGCCGAAUAGAGUUUGUUCACCUGUUUAUUAUGACUCCCAUUGUUUGAAAUAUUGAUAAAGGGAGUUAUUUUUUAUUUCACAUUCAGUUCUGCAGUUACGUAAAUGAGCAAAUAUUUUUAGCUGAAAGUCCUUCAAAACUAUGCUUCACAAGAAUUCUAUGUAAUACACAUGACAAGUAUAGAAAUAUUGUCAACUGGGAUGUAUUAAUUGACAUGGUUUAAAUAUAUAUAAUUUUUUUGAGUUAUUUAGGGGAACUGUGAUCAGCUGGGAAUCAAGUCUUAUAUUAUACCUCCAAUUAACUUGUUUAGUCAUAUAUAUAUAUAUAUUAAACGUUUUUUGUUAAAUAUGGUCUAUUAACUUGACUUUCCCUAAUUUUAGCAGCUUCUUUGUAGCUUGCCUAAUCUUUUUUAAUUUUUUUUUAUAUUUCUUCCUCAAUCAUUUUUGCCUGUAUUACGUUUCAUGUACAUAUUUAAGUGCCGAAGUGUGCAAUAAUUAAAUAAAUUUCAAGUAUAUUUGGUUCAUGUUUAAACUUUCCAA